UCUGACUUACAAGAACCAACAUGCCGGCUUAUGAACGAGAAACAGGUCAACACAAGGAUUAAUAACACGCAGCACACGGUUCACCAGACACCAAAAGUUUAAAGUAUAUUCGGAAGCUAACGAUAUGAAAUAAUUUCAAGGAAGGACUACAGGAAAAUUUACAUUAAAGCUGUCUGUCAUGUCUGGGUACUGCAGGACUGUGUUGAUAUCAGCUCUGUGUCGUUCUCUCGGUGGAAUUCGGCAACCAUGCACCAAGAUAUUUCAUCAAAACAAACCUUAUCAAACUCAAGCUCUGUGGUUUUUAUUUGACCGACAUGAUCGUCCACGGUAUCAUCACUGGUCUACCAGUCAAUCGCAUACAUUUCUUCUGAACGUCAAGUCAACGUGGGCGUCAUGUCGGAGUAUCCAGUCAUCCGAGGCAGGUGUUCCAUUCAAGGAGGAAGAGUACCCACCUCUACCAGAGUAUAAUGCAAACGCACAGCCCGGGACAAAGGAUGUUUUCAUAGUCCGUAUCAAGGGCUUGCCCUGGUCCUGCAAAAAAGAGGAUUUAUUGGAAUUUUUCUCUGAGUGCAGGAUUCGUGAAGGAGCAAAAGGAAUUCAUUUCAUGCAUCUCAAAGAUGGGAGACCGAAUGGACAAGCUUUCAUGGAGAUGGAGACUGAGGAGGAUGUCAGCAAGGCUUUGGAGAGACACAGGCAGUACCUAGGACCUCGCUACAUCGAAGUGUUUGAAGUGACAGAACAAGACGCAGAGGCCAUACUGCAGGGGGACAGUCCGCUGUCGGAUGACGGAGUGGUCCGGCUUAGAGGCCUACCUUUCAGCUGUACAGAGAAGGACAUCAUCCAGUUCUUUUCAGGAUUGGACAUUGUAGAGAAUGGGGUGACCCUAGUAUCAAACGCUAGAGGGCAGAGCAACGGGCAGGCCUACGUUCAGUUUGCCUCCCAGGAGAUGGCUGCGAAGGCACUGGAAAGAGACAAGGAAGUGAUAGGACACAGGUAUGUUGAGAUAUUCCCCAGCUGUAAAAGCGAGAUUGUAUCGCAGUAUCGCCGGAAAACCCAGGAGGCACCCGCUGUCCCCCUGAGCAGAAUCCCCAUUCCAAACAGAGGCACACUCACACCUUCAGCCUCGGAGACAGCUGGAGGCCAGCGGCUCAGAGCAGGAAGAUCUGCUGCAAGCCAAGUCUUUGCAGCUUCCAUUCACUUUGUGCACCUGAGAGGGCUGCCAUUUGGAGCUACGGCAGAGGACAUUGUCGAAUUCUUCGCUCCACUGAGGGUGGCUAGGAUCAUGAUGGAGUAUUACUCAGACGGCCAGGCAAGCGGAGAGGCAGAGGUGCACUUCAGAAGCCACGAGGAUGCAGUGGCUGCCAUGUCCAAAGACAAGGAGUAUAUACAGAACCGAUAUAUUGAGUUAUUCCUGAACUCAAAAGGGGGACAGUCAUGAGGUAGAAGUCACCAUCUCCUAGAAUAUCGAUACAACCCAGCUGCCAUAAUUAUUGGACAAUGUGCUUAGCAUGACUAGCAUAACACAAUAAACCACAUCCCUUCCCUGUG